AGCUAUCAUUUAAGCAAUUUCAAAAAUAUUUUUUUUCUCAAAAAUAUUUCAUUUUCAUUUAACUGCAGAAUUAGGCCUACCUUCCAUGAAGUUCUCGCGGAGUAAGCUAUUCCUCUAAUAAACUUCGAUUUUCAAUACAAACGUGUUUUAUCAUAGAAGGUUAAGCUGCGUUAAAUCUCAUUUUAUUUGUUCUUUAUGAAACAACCCGCAUUGAUUAAUGAUAAAAAGCGAAAACAGUUGAUAACAUCGAACACUUUUAACAGAUUUUACUUGAUAAUGAAGAAUAUGCUGCAGUUAGUUGCUUUUUUGCUCUUUUCUGGUAGCGUCACAUUCGCAUCAAUUGCUGAUGAUUUCCUUGAUGCCGUCAUAAAAGAACCCCUACAACGUGAGAUACUUGCCAUGAAUUUAGACCCAGCUCCAUUGCCAGACUUCAGUAUACCGUUUACGUACCAAAUGGGUCUUAUUCCUAUAUCAGGAAGAGCAGAUUUCACCGAUGGUAUGUUCAAUGGUUUAUCCAAAGUUCAAAGAUUUACACAGUGCGAGGGACCCACCAUAAAUCUUCGGGAAGUCAAAUUGGAAUGCGUAAUGAGAUUCUUUGGCUUCAGCGUAGUUUACGACGUCAAGGCGACUGUAGAACAAUUGCUACCGAUUCCUUUUCAAGUUACUGGAUACAUCAAUGAAACGUUGGUGAAGUCAGCUGUCUCAGGAGCACCAGCGUCAUUGACAGCGAAGUUGAAUUUGUUGGAGAUUACGAAGUUUGGGGACAUUAAUGUCAGACCAUCGAAUUUGGGCAUCUUUCAGUACGUGUAUAAUGCCGUAGAAGAGGAGUUAAGGGAAGAAAUAAGAAAAGAAGCGAUUCGUAUAAUUAUGUAUCAGUUUCCGAUGGCUUUUGGGAAAGCUCUAACUUCUGUGAGGCUUCCAGGAUUGGUACAAAAAUGAUGAAAAUGGAGUGAAAUAAAGUAUUUUAUUAGGCUUUAUGCCGUUUGACUUAA